AUGCAAAUCGUGUCAACAACACGAUCCUUCGCAAGGGCCCAGGACGGACUGUCCGGGCGUCACUGCGGUCCCUUUCGUGCUAGGGCAGACGUGCACCGGCCGCGCACAUUGGUUGCGCCGACGACCAAUCACGUCGCACUCCGCGCUCCUUUGCCACUGGCUGACAUCGUCAUAGCGGAAAAAGCGGUGGGGAAAACAACUGACGAAUUCGUCUGCACUGACAUACUCUUCUCCCGCCAUUCGUUUGCACACGAAAUUGGUGUGCGAGGCCACACCGCUCAAGCCAAGACACCAAUCGCCUGCAGCCGAUUACCAGGCGAUGAGACCCGACACACUAUCAGUGUCCCUUACCAGUCGCCAUUAAUCGGAUCAUCGCUAUCGCCAAGAUAA